UUUAGUCGUGUGGGAAGCUCAGUGAAUGCGGCUGCAGAAGGAGCCAGCAUACUUAUGCGCCUGACACGGAUACUGUGCUGUCGUACACUGGAGGCGGGGGGGGACACAAGCUCGCUUUCCACUCUUGUAACAACCCCUCCGUUUUCCUCAAACUGGAUAAUUUCUUUCUUUUAUUUCUUUUUUGUUUUUUGGCUUUAAAGUCUCUGCAUUUCCUCCCCAAGUUUAUUUUUUGAUGACAUUUCCUCUGGACCGAUGGGAGCGGGAGGGAAAGCGCGGAGUUUCCAGCUCCUCACUUGCACCGCAGCGGACUAAAGGCUGAAUAACUGCAUUAUUCAUUUUUACGCACCGGUUUCUGUUCUCCUGACUUGUCUCUCUUGUUUCCUCUCUGAGCUUUUCUGCUUUUUUUUUUCACCCGGGAGAGAAGCUCCGAUAUCGCCCUUCUUAUUCCUCUUCUUCUUUUUUCUUUUACAUCCAACCUUUUUUCUUUUUUAAACUGAAUGGAGACUGAAAUAAGCAUCUCUUCUUUCUCCACCUGCGAAUAAACUGCUCUGUUAAGACAAAAUAACUGUCUUUUGUUCACGGGGUCAGAACAUAUAGGAUUUAUGCUGACUGGAUGGAAAAUAAUAUUCAGACACACACAACCUGAUGGGAGCGUUUUGGUUGCUUCUGCCCUCUGAAGCAUUAUCCCGGUGCGCAACUUCGCUCGAAACAAACCAGUAUUUAUUCAUUGGAUCGCUGGAGGUUGCUGAGCCGAUCUGAAGCCAGACGCACACUAUUGGCCACCCUCUCCUCCUCUCUUCCCCAUUUUUUCCUCCUCUCCUAUUGCUCCUCCAAUUUCCCCCCCUAAAUACAAAAAAAACUCGCAACUAUGACGGACUUAUUUCACCGCAUCACCGGCCGCCUUGCGCCUUUUUUCACGCCUUGGAGUCGCCGGACGCGCCGCCAAGAUCUCUAGAAGCUGUCUGCCUCUCCCUUUUCUCUCUCUCUCUCUCUCUCUCUUGCUCUCGCUCUCUCUCUCUCGCUCUUUCUCUCUCUAUCUAUCUGUCUCUCCCCUAUCUCUCUCUCUCUCUCCCCUCCUCUCUCCUUUCUCCCAAUCUCUCCCAAUCGCUCCUGCAACCAAAUGAACGCUCUCCCAUGGAGGUAGUACAACCACCUUGGGGACCGAACGACCAGAGGGGUGAUUUUUCUAAGCAAGAGGAGCCUGUCAGCAAGAGACGCAUCGGGUGAAAUCGGAGCCUCGCGCUCCCCCCUCUCCCUCCCUUCCUCCCUCUCCCUCCCUCUCCCACCGCAUCCCCCCACCUCACCCCCACCUCCACCCCCCCUUCCAGUUUUGCUUGGCUCUGGUUGACACACAGUAGACCUACAUGGGGAUAUAGGGGCUGGAGAAACCUUGUUGCGCCCCUACAACUGUCUGCACUCUACUUCGGCGGGGAGGACCGUUUGCGCAAGUCUCCAUCCAUGUCUCACCGAUGCUGCCCCGUGUCUCCAGAGGGAGCCGCAUUCAUCACCACCUCAGCUUUGGGUUACUAAAUGGUUUUCUGGGGGAGGAUUUCUAACCGGCGAGAUGCUGCUCGUACUCCUGCUGGCAGCCUUUUCUUCCUCCAUCUCCGGCUCCCUCUCUUCCUCCCUCUCCUCCCCCUCCAUGUCGGACGGACCCCCAAUGGCAGACCCGUCUGCCUCGGACUUGAUGGCAGAGACCUGCAGCGCCUGCUCCUGCAUGUCGGUGGAAAACGUGCUGUACGUCAACUGCGAGAAGGUCACCGUCUACCGGCCCACGCAGCUCAUCCCGCCGGCCUCGUCCCUCUACCACCUUAACUUCCAGAACAACUUCUUAAUCAUACUCUACCCAAACUCGUUCCUGAACUUCACCCACGCUGUGUCACUGCAGCUGGGGAACAAUAAACUGCAGAACAUCGAAGGUGGAGCGUUCAUGGGGAUGAGCGCGUUGAAACAGCUGCACCUCAACAAUAACGAGUUAAAGGUGCUGCGAGCAGACACUUUCCAAGGGAUAGAGAACUUGGAAUACCUUCAGGCUGACUACAACUUGAUAAAGUAUAUUGAAAAGGGGGCAUUUAACAAACUGCACAAGUUAAAAGUGCUGAUCCUGAACGAUAAUCUCAUACAGGCACUACCUGACAACAUAUUUCGCUUUGCCUCACUCACACACCUGGAUAUAAGGGGGAACAGGAUCCAGAAGCUUCCUUACUUGGGGGUUCUGGAGCAUAUAGGGCGCAUUGUAGAGCUACAGCUGGACGACAACCCCUGGAAUUGUACCUGUGAUUUAGCACCUCUCAAGGCGUGGCUUGAAAACAUGCCCUAUAACAUUUUUAUCGGCGAGGCCAUAUGCGAAACACCAAGCGACUUGUACGGGAGGCUCCUGAAAGAAACCAACAAACAGGAGCUUUGCCCCAUGGGAACAGGGAGUGACUUUGAUGUAAGGAUGCCACCCGCACUGCCAGAUAAUGGGCAGUCGCCCUCCAAAGUGUCCCCGACCACCGUG